UUAGCGCUGCGCUUGUAAAUCCGGUUUGCUAAAUCCCGGAGCCUCGUUACCCCCAACACCGUUCCCGAGGCUGCUGUAGAAAUGUCUGACUCCAAAGAGGAAAGCCAAGACCGGCAGAUUAAAAUAGUCAUUCUGGGAGAUGGAGCCUGUGGGAAGACAUCUCUGGCCAUGCGGUUUGCUCAGGAGUCGUUUGGGAAACAGUACAAGCAAACAGUAGGACUAGACUUCUUUCUGAAGAGGAUAACGUUGCCAGGGAAUUUAAAUGUUACUCUUCAAGUCUGGGACAUUGGAGGACAGACCAUAGGUGGCAAAAUGCUGGAUAAAUAUAUUUAUGGAACCCAGGGAGUUCUUUUGGUGUAUGAUAUCACAAAUUAUCAGAGCUUUGAAAAUUUAGAAGACUGGCUUUCAAUGGUGAAGAAAGUAAACGAAGAAUCCGAAAGACAACCUUUUGUUGCCCUUGUUGGUAAUAAAAGAUUUAACUACUACAAUUCAAGCUUGUUGCUAGGGCCUCUUACCAUUGCCACAAGACAGAGCAUAGCAUGUAAGUUUGGAAGAUUAAUACAGGUUUUCCUGUGUUUUCAGAGAGUUGCUGCUGAAAUCCUUGGAAUCAAAUUAAACAAAGCCGAAAUUGAACAAUCUCAGCGAGUGGUGAAAGCGGACAUUGUGAACUACAGUCAAGAGCCAGUUACAAGAACGGUCAACCCUCCUCGAAGCUCAAUGUGUACAAUACAAUGAAAUAUGUUUCGACCUGGAACCACAAAUAAUUUUUUUUUACUUUUGCACAUGCUCACGGUUUACCGGGAACUUUGGUUUAACAGUGACAAUCUGGAUUGGUGCAAUUAGAGGUUUAAGAACUUAUUGCAACACUUUAUUUUAUAAAGCAGCCUUGGGCUGGCCAGGAUCCAUCCUUUGGACCACACACUAGGAAAUAUGAAUAAAAGUUGCAGAGUGGAUAGUUAAGAAAACAAAUACUGAUUGUGUAGAGUAUGCCCCUAAAAUAUUUUGAAACAAAUAUUACAGAAAAGGCAAAUUGGUCUGGUACAACAGGAUAAUCUUUUUAAUGUAUUUCUCUUUGGGUCUCUGCAUGAAGUUAAAAACUGUGAAUGUAUUUUUCGUUGAUGAUGACUUAC